AUGGUUCCAGUAGGCGACGGUAAUGCUCGUGCUCAAGUGCGAUGUGGAUCAGUGGUCAAAAUUGACAGCUGCGCUCUAUCUUCAGACGCAGUGGCCGAGUGUGGCCGCACAAAGAGCAAACUUUCCGCAACGAGUGUGGCGCACCGCGUUAAUUUUACCCUCAACGUACCCUCGAGUGCCACCGAAAUGGCGAAGAAUGUGCAAAGCCCGAUUGCUCUCAACCAGCGCCGUACGGUGAUCACGGAUGGGGUGCAACCGCUCGAUUACUUUGGCCACUGGGAUGGAUUGGGCAAGGCGUCAAUGGUCAACACCGGAUCAUCGGUCAUGAUAACAUUCACCGAACGCCCGUUCCGGCCAUUCAUCGUAGGAGGCGUGCUGAGCAACAAGUACAUUUUUGAGCAGCUUCACUUUCACUGGGGCAACGAAGAUGGCAGUGGUUGCGAACACACGCUAGAGGGUAGCACCUACUCGAUGGAGGCGCACGCCGUGCACUACAACGCCAAGUAUGCCAGCUUCGCCGAGGCCGUCGACAAACCGGAUGGACUGGCCGUGCUCGGGUUCUUCGUGCAGGCGUACGGUACCGAGGACUGUCCGGCGUUCGGGAAGAUUGUUGCAGGAUUGCGGCACAUCACACAGCCCGACGAACGCGUUGAUAUCGACGCGGACUGUCUGAGUUGGAUCGGGAUGCAGGAGCUGAAUCGACAUUACUACACCUACCGUGGUUCGCUCACGACACCGCCCUACUUCGAGAGUGUCACUUGGUUGGUGUACAAAACGCCGAUUUACGUUUCGAGCGCCCAGGUGGCUGCGUUCCGACAGCUUCAGGCCUGUCCCAAGGAUACCACCAAGAAGAUCGUCAACAACUUCCGGCCAGUGCAGACACCCGAGGCACCACCGGCGGUUGCUUUCGUGCGAAACAAUCAUCCCGUUGUGUUGGCGAAGUUGUAGCCUUACGUUGACGUGUUAAUUGCACCACCUGUCUCCGGCCAUUCCGGUAUCCGGUUUGGACGGCCUGUCAACUC